UGAGUGGGGGAGUACAGUCAAUGGCAAAAGUUGACUGCAUUGGAUGUGUGACAUAGGACCGGCUAAAGCACAGAGAGAGAGCACACGGCAAUGUCUAGUAUCUCGUGCAGCUACAGCCGGACGGCUUGAUGUCGAGGCAUGACCCAUCACCACCACUACCAUUACCACCGUCAUCGUCAUCGUCAUCGUCUUCUUCAUCACCAUUAUCAUCAUCAUCACUACCACCACCACCACUACCACCACCACCACCACCAUCACUGGAUGGAGGAUUGAAGAUUCACGGGAAGUCGCGAAAUGGCGCUUUCCACGAAUAGGAGCAACGUCUUCAGAUCAGACGUUGAGGUUUCGUCCUCCUCCAGAGGUAUAUAAUGUUUCUCUCUCUCUCUCUCUCUCUCUCUCUCUCUCUCACGCGGGGGCACGCUCGCGCCACCUGGUUUGAUGAUGGGUGUCGAGGGGAGAGCGUGAAACUGCGCCACGGUGUAUCAGGGAGGUAGGGAGAGAGAAAGAUAGAAAAAGAGAGGGAGUGGGAGAAAGAGAGAGAGAGAGAGGGAACGAGAAGUGGGUGGGAGAUCAGAGAGAAAGAGAGAGCGAGAAGGGGAGUUUUCUGUGCGGUCUUGCAUCGUGUAACGUGGUCUUCGACGUCGCUGCCACCGCCACCACCACCUUCGCCGCUGCCGCCGCUGUCAUAGUAGUCGUCGUCGUCGUCGAAGUCGUCGUCGUCGUCAUCGUCGUCAUUGUCGUCAUCGUCGUCAUCGUCAUUUCCGUCAACGCAGCAACAGCAACAAGAACAGCAGAAGCAACAAUAGCCGUCGCCGUCGUCGUCGUCGUUGUCGCCGUCGUCGUCGACGGCGCAGCACGUCGUCGUCGUCGUCAUCAUCGUCAUCGUCUCUCAGUCAAGCGACGCGAGCUUUUUGCUCCUGUUCCUCCUCCUUCUCUUCCUCCUCCUCUUCCUUCUCCUCCUCCUCUUCUUUUUUUUUUCUUACCGGUACGUGGUUUUUCGCGCAUAUAAUUCGUAAAAGAGAAGAGUCAGCAAUAACAACAACAACAACAAUAGCAACAACAACAGCAACAACAACAACAACAACAACAACAACAACAGCAACAACAACAACAACAACAACAACAACAACAACAACAACAACAACAACAACAACAAUACCACCAUACACACACACAACGGCCCACUGUCGAUCCAUAGUCGUUCGGUGAGGAUAUGAGGAACGACUUCGCUGCGGACGUACCCGUUGCGAGCGCCGACAGCAGCACGGACGCCAUAUGGCUCGAGAAAAGGAAUCCUUCCACGACCAGUGCACACGAUCGAGUGUCAAAUUAAAUUGGGAUCUAAUGGGAACAACGCGGCCUUGGCAAGAUGAAGAACGAGAAUGCUAUGUUCUAUGUAAUAAAGGUUUCGAUAAAGUUGUCGUCAAACAAGAACGCCCAGAUGAAGCGGAGAUCCGAGAAUUGGCUGCCAAAAUGGUGGAAGCGAACAAGGCGAAAAUGGUCUCGGCGGCGGCGGCAGGAGGAGGAGGAGGCGGAGGAGGAGGAGGAGGUGGAGGUGGAGGAGGAUCAGCACAGCAAAGAGGAGCCGCCAGUCAGUGUUUAUCUUCGUCUCAGGCUAAUCUUCCUGGAAUCCUUGGAUAUUUAAACAAGCGUCCGGCCGAUUCGACUGUAGCGAAAACAACAGGAUCGACGACUACAGGAGAGGGCGGUAAAACUCCUUUGGACGAUGAAAGUCAAAGGGGUAGAUUCGGAUGGACGAGUUUCGAUGAGUGUCACAUACCUUACAUAUUCCGUGCCGGUGAAAAAUAUUGCGCGGUACGAAUCCUAGAGUCUAAGCUGUUGAACAAGUACCUGAGUUACCUGCACUCGGAUAUCUAUAGCUGUACGUGCAUAAGAAGUUACUAUAUUACGGAUGCCGAGAGUAAGCUUUUCAACGAGAUUAAUAUCAAGCAUUGCGAUAAUCAAUUUGGAAGGGAUCAGUUUACGUGCAAGGAUCUCGUAGUGAGGUUAUCCGAUGCUAAAGAAUUCUAUACAUUUUUGGAUGUGUGUUAUACAAAGUUAACGGCCGGCGCGAAUCCGAACGUAACGGGGAGGCACAAGGCCGAGAAGUGUGGUUUCAUACGAAUAAAUAAGGAAUCUGUGGUACCUUAUACGGUGAAGGACGGUCUCCAAUAUGUACCCCUAUUUUAUUUCGAGGGCGAAACGGAGAAUUUGAAGUUGAAGGCGGAAAAACUUGAAGGUUGGGACCUUUCGUAUUUGAAGUUUUGUUGCAAGGUACAGGGUAUAAGAAAUGAACUCUUUGCAAGUGAGACAUGCUCCGUGAUCAGUUUGAGUGAUAUUAAAAGUUACUUUCCCCCUGAUACGGGGUUCGAAGAUUAUUGGCCGAACAAAGUGAUGGACUCUCAGUUGUUAGUGAGUAGCAAGGGUGGUGGGGGCGGUGGCGGAUGGACCAGACAACCGCCUACACCACCGGUGUCGAAGACAACAUCCGUACAAAAUAAUACGAGUAAGGCGAGCCUUAAUUCGCGUGCGGGCCCUUUACAGACAAUAUUACCACGUGGAUCUAGUGCUACGAAUGCGGCUCAAACGCAACGAGUUAGUCAGUCAAGACAAACUCCUGCUACGACGCAUCCCGCUCAUUCCUCGCCAUCGUCACUUCCAUCUGGGAGAUCCAGUAUCCCUUCUCAACCGAUGCUGAACGUUGUACAGGGUGUAGUCAAUGGGUGGUCUGGACUCGUUGGUGGACAACCGACUUUCCAAACUGCUCUUGUCUCUCAGGCUAAUUCUCUCAUACGUACACCACCUCCAUUAAACAUGCACAAUAUAUCUGCGUCAAGCAAAACCUAUACUACUCAUCAGUCAAGAAGUAGAGGGGGUGGUGGCGGAGCAACGGCUCAGUACCCUGGAGUUUAUCCAGUUACUACUAUGCAAGCCGUUGCUCAGGCCCAACCACCCCCUCUUGUCAGAGCAACGGCGCACACCAGUCAACCUAAUCUUGGUUAUCCAACCUAUGGGAAGGAUGACUGGGUAACUACGACAUAUACAACACCUUCCUUGGGUGUUCCUGAUGCAGUCACAGCCAGAACGUAUCCACAAAUGAUUGGCUUAAGUGAACAGGUACAAGCCCUUAUGCCUGCUCCUACAUCAGCAUCAACGUUAUUAGCACGUCAGCAAAGGCAUACACCACCCGUUCACAAUACAUCCCAUGCAAAAUAUCCACCACCUUUAAUACCAGUGAAUGGAAGUAGUAAUAAUUCCAGAGAUUCAAGAGGAAGAAAAGCUUUGAUAAAUAUAUCGGAAACGCCUCUGUCUAGUUGCCAAGCGCAACCAUAUCAAGUCCAAAAGGCAUUAAUAGAAGACAAAAUGGUACCUUGUAUCAACUUUAAACCAUAUAUCUACUCUGAAUUGUUGAUGACACUCCCAGAUUUUGUGUCUAAUUAUUUUCCUGCCUGCGACAUUAACAGUUGUAGACAAGUUCUUACGGAUGUCUUAAAUAUAGAUUUAUACCAAGGGAAUAGACUGCAAAUGAAAAUGUUGAUGGAAGCAGGAAAAUGCUCUUCUUUAAACGAAGAAUUACCACUAAUUCAAGUAGGAAAUAUUAUGAAGUACAUGCCUCAGUUUAAGUACAUGUUUAACAGAGACGAUAUGGUGAUGCCUGCACCAGCACACUCUUCUGAAGAUCACCAACCGAAAAAACGACAACGUACUAGCUAGGACUGGCUACAGCCAUACUGGCCUACUUACGAUUACUAUCAUCCGGCAUUUUAAAUAAGCCGAUAAAACACAUUGACUGAGACGUAAUUACAAUGCACGAUCUUAAGAUCUACAAAUCUCAAAGUCAGAAAAAUACAUACUUGGCAUUAUUGCUUUGAGCAAUAUGAUCACCUGAAUUUCGUGUUUGAGUACAAGAGAUCUGUGACAUAUAGUCUGAGAGAGCCAUUUCUUUCUCCAAAGCAUAUCUUUAUACUAAUGAGAAAUAUAAUGCUUGUAAAUAAAGUCAUACAACAAACAAAAAUUGGAGAUGCGCGCGAUUGAUAUUAUAUUGUGUUCUAUGUGAUGUUUUGUUAAAUGUUGCUCUAGCAACGUUUGUUUCGAUUAUCUCAAAAGUUUCGUACUAUUAAAUCGUACUACAAUAAUUUCUGUACUGUAAAAAGGAAAAAGAAAAAAAAUGAUAUAUGACAAGCAUCUCUUUUAACUUGUUCGAGAUGAUAUUUUCUGUAAAUAAAACCUGUCCACAUUCUCUCUUUAAACGUGUCCUUGGAGAAAGAAUGCGCUAAAAUAUAUCUGAGAUGAUAUAAAUAAGUUGUUGAGGUCGUUCUCAAAGGAUGCACCAUAUUCGAUAUCUAAGUGGAUAUCAAAAUGCCUAUUGCAUAUUAGAGUGAAUAUAUAUAUAUAUACAUAUAUAUAUAUAUAUUUAUAUAUAUAUAUGUAUAUAUAUAUAUAUUUAUUUAUAUAUAUUAAAAAAAAAAAGAAAAAUAUACAUUGGCAUUUGUACAUUUGAAAGGUGGAGGUAAUGCUUCUUCAAGUUCCUAGUUGUUACUAAUGUGUAUCCUGAUAAAUAGCUGCAUUAAUGGUUUUUGAAUCCUUUGAUUCAUAUUUUGACAUAAAAAAAAAAUUAACAGAGAACAACCUAUUUUGAAAGUUACAAUUUUUAAUUAGUAAUAUUUCUAAUGUGUGCAUACUCUAAAAACGUCAGAUUAUAAGAGAAUUUUUUUUUCAUCUAUUAUCAAAUGCUUAUAUUUAUUAAAAACAGAACGAUUAUAUGAAACCAGUGAGAAGAAUCCUUGAGAAGAACCGACGUUCAACUUUCUUCUAUUUUAAUUCACCGUACACAGGAUUGCAGUAACAUAGGUUUUAAUAAAGUAUUCAACAUUUAUGAAAUGUUCUUUAUAAUAAAUAAAAAGAAAAAAAAAUGAAAAAAGAACGAAAAACGAGUAAAAACAACAGCAGCGGUAGCGGCAGUGGCAGCAGCUGUCACAACAGCAAUGGCAGCAGCAGCAGUAGCAGGAACAACAACAGCAGCAGCAGCAGCAGCAACAGCAGCAGCAGCAGCAGCUUAGGAUACAUUAGGUCUUUACAAUAUGAUAACAAUCAAUGGACUAUAUGUCAUCAUAAUGUAAAAUUCGUAUGUAAGAUAAUUAACGUUAAUUUAACCAUUCCAAGAAGAAGAAAAGGAGGAAGAAGAAAAAGAAGAAGAAAAAGAAGAUUAUAAAAUAAUAAAAUUCUUUCGAAAUUUUUUUCUCUUCAUUUACAACAUUUCUUAAUGUUAUAAAGCGAGCAAAUGUUAUGUAUAUUACAGAAAGAAGAUACAACAUAUAUAUUGCAUUCGUUGUAAAUAUU